CUGACCUAGCUGUGUGGGAUAGAGCAUUGUCCUGCUGGGAAAACCAGUCCUCAGAGUUGGGUAAUAUUCCCAGAGCAGAAGGAAGAAAGUUUGAAUGUGGUUUGAAUUAUGCGCCCUUCGCAAACACAAACUUGCCCGAGUACAUGUCUAGGUCCGGGGCGAGCUCAGGGAGAGGCCGGGGUCUGUGCUCGGUGUUCUGGAGCUGCUCCGGGUCCUGUCGGCCUCGCCAUGACCGCGGUGGAGGAGGUGAGGGCGAGUCUGAGUUCAGUGGAGGCUGAUAGCCGCGGCUCGGCUCCUCCGGACGGGCUGUGCUGGGUCUCCGUGCUGUCCUGCCUGCUGCUCGCCUGCUCUUAUGUGGGGAGUUUAUACGUGUGGAAGAGUGAUUUACCGAGGGACCAUCCUUCAGUGAUAAAGAGGCGCUUCACUAGUGUGCUGAUUGUGUCUGGUCUGUCACCAGUCUUUGUGUGGGCAUGGAAGGAGUUCACAGGCAUCCAGACGGGCCCCUGUUUACUAGCUCUUAUGGGAAUACGAUUGGAGGGACUCAUUCCGGCCAUCAUCCUGCCUCUACUGCUCACAAUGGUUCUAUUUUUAGGUCCUCUUAUCCAGCUAGCUAUGGACUGCCCCUGGGGACUCAUCGAUGGAAUCAAAGUGGCUGUCGAUCCUCGGUUCUGGGCGCUGUGUAUGAGUGAUAUGCGCUGGUUACGAAACCAGGUUGUGGCUCCACUGACUGAAGAGCUGGUGUUCCGGGCGUGCAUGCUGCCCAUGCUGGUGCCCUGUGCUGGACCCUCCACAGCCAUCUUCACAUGUCCACUCUUCUUCGGUGUGGCACAUUUUCACCAUGUGAUUGAGCUGCUGCGUUUCAGACAGGGUACCAUCUCAGGGAUAUUUCUCUCAGCAGUAUUCCAGUUCUCCUACACUGCAGUAUUUGGAGCUUAUACAGCCUUUAUAUUCCUCAGAACAGGUCAUCUAGUUGGCCCUGUGCUGUGUCACUCGUUCUGUAAUUACAUGGGUUUCCCCGCUGUGAGUACGGCUCUGGAGCAUCCGCACCGCUUCACCGUUCUGUCCUUCUACGUGCUGGGAGUGCUUCUGUUCCUCCUCCUCCUCUUCCCCAUGACCGACCCCCUGUUCUACGGCUGGCCCACACCCGUCUGCACCCUGACCUCCACACUGGGCUCUGUCUGUUCCUGAUCCAUCCUCCUUCUUCUCCUCCUCCUGCUCCUCCUCCUCCUCCAUUCUACCCUCUGCCCUGGCCUCCAUCCAUUCCUUCAUUCAGCUCUUCUUCAGGACCCACCCUCUGGCUGCUGGUGCCUCCGGGCUUCCUGCUCUGUAGUGCUCCAGAGUGGGUUCGACAAGGAGAGCAGGUAGGAGGCCUCAGAGUUUCUGUGGAUUAGGGGGUGAUGCAGUCUGUGAACUCCUCGAGAUGUCUUCAGGACGUGGCAGCCUCAAAGCACAGCCACAGGACAAGACAACCACAGCGAAGAAGACACCAACGAAAUUGUAGCCAACGUCGAAGGAAGCUGAAGAGUCAGACUUUUACGAAUUUGACGAAGACGGGUAUUUAUAUAUACGUUGCUGCAUGUUCACCAUGUUUAUAUGAUGAUAUUUGUAUAUUUGGAUUUGGCUGCGUUUGGAUAUAUAGAGUUUUAUGGUUCCAUUAAGAAGAAUUAUACACUGAAUUUUUCCUUUCAUUUUUCGCAGGAGGUGGAUAAACUCCUUUUUGUUGUUCUCAGAUCCUCUCAGCUCUAAUUAACACACAAGCUGCUCUGUCUGCCGCUUUUACUUGAAGAACGGGGUUCAGGCCUGAUUUCUGAAGUUCACUGAAACCGUCAGCUUUACUCAAACCUUCAGCUUUACUUUGACCAUCAACAGCUGGUCCGUCAAAUUUUAACUUGUGAGAAGUACGUUUAUAUUUUUAAGGUAUUUGUAUGAUAAAAGCAUAAAGAUUAUAAAACAGAAUAGUGCUAAGCCUAGACCACAUUUAAUAUAUAUAAAAAAAACCUGACUACGAAGCUACGUCUGUUUUUGUUACUCUGUUUAGACUGUCAGUUACACAAUAUACCAGUUUUUAUGGAUGGUAGUAGCAUACCAUGCAUAUAUGGAGUAGUGGUGUAUAGAGAUUGACAUCAUGAGAGGUGACCUACAGUAUUUUUUUUGACAUGAGAAAUUGCAUUUUAUGGGUUGUACAUACAGAAGCAUAAGGGUUAUUACCAUAAUAACCAGUAGUGGAUUUACUAUGGAUGUAAUAUGGAUACUCAGGCCAUUGCUUUGACAUGGAAACAAUUUCAGCGCUUUAUUUAAUUUUUUUUUUUU